AUGGGGAAUACCAAAGAAGAAUCCGGUAAGAACUGGGCUAAACAUGAGAAGCGCGGCUUUGAUUCCGGUACCGGAGUUUACCAUUCAUUGUUUCAACUUCUUGGCGAUCAUAGCAUCCCCACAAGAGCUGAUCUUGACACUGCCUCAUUCGUGCUAGCACAUUUUCCACAACAACAUCAAGCUCAUCGACAAGUUGCUCUUAUUGAUGCUGCCACCAAUCAGAAAAUCACUUAUUCACAACUCGAAAGAUCAAUAAGGGCAUUAGCCUCUGGACUCUACCAUGCAGUUGGUAUCCGUAAAGGGGAUGUUGUGUUUGUCUUGGCACCAAACUCUCUCACGUACCCAAUUAUCGGUCUCGCCAUACUUUCACUCGGCGCCAUUCUGACACCUGCAAACCCUCUGAAUACUUCCUCAGAAAUCACAAAACAAGUUUGUGACUCAGGUGCUAAGCUCAUCAUUUCAGUUUCAGAAGAGUUACAUAAAUUCACACAGACUCAGGUGCCAAUAAUCGAUGUAUCUCGCCAAUCGAACAGUGAAUUACUAUCUAUAGAAGAGUUAAUUGAAUGUUGUGACCCACAAGAGUUGCCAAAAAUGGAGUUGUACCAGUCUGAAACUGCAGCAAUUCUGUAUUCAUCUGGUACUACUGGUAUUAGCAAAGGUGUUUUGUUAACACACGAGAAUUUCAUAGCAAUUUUAACUAUUCUAAAAUGGUCUGUGUAUAAAACAUCAUCUCAAAACGAUGUGUUUCUAUGCUUUCUUCCUAUGUUUCACAUGUACGGAGUAAUGUUCUUCGUGGUGGGACUAUUCUGUAUUGGUAUCACUUCAGUAAUCAUGCAGAAAUUUGACUUGCAAGCAAUGCUUGAUGCAAUCAAGACUUACCAUGUAAACCACAUACCAAUGGUGCCUCCGGUGAUACUAGCUUUGGUUAAGUACUCCAGCGACGCCCGUGAAGAGUUGUCUUCACUGAGGAGGAUCAUAUCAGGCGCUGCCCCCUUGAGCAAGGAACUGGCCAAUGCCUUCAUAGAAAAGUUCCCUUGGGUGGAGCUCCGGCAGGGCUACGGGCUUACUGAAAUCUGCGGUGUGGCAACUUUUGCACUGAGAAUGGAUCAGGCAAAGUUGCAUAAAGGUUCCUGUGGGAUGUUGUUGCCAAGUUUUUGUGCCAAGGUGAUAGAUACAGAAACAGGAUUAGCUUUGCCACCCUAUAAAAAAGGAGAAUUGUGGCUUAAGAGUCCUACUGUCAUGAAAGGAUACUUGGGAAAUGAGGAAGCAACAACUGCAACAAUUGACAAUGAUGGUUGGCUUAGAACUGGGGAUCUUGGUUAUUUUGAUGAGGAUGGGUUUGUUUACAUUGUUGAUCGCAUAAAAGAACUCAUAAAGCACAAUGGGUAUCAGGUGGCCCCUGCAGAACUAGAAGCAAUACUUCUAAGUCAUCCUCAGAUUCUUGAUGCUGCCGUUAUUCCGGUGGAAGAUGAAGAAGCAGGUCAAAUACCUAUGGCAUAUGUGGUAAGAACAGCGAGCAGUGAACUAAGAGAAGACCAAGUCAUCCAAUUUGUGGCAGGGAAAGUAGCACCUUACAAAAAAGUGAGAAAAGUUGAGUUUAUCAGUGAGAUUCCAAAGUCAGCCGCAGGCAAAAUCUUGAGAAAGGAGCUAAUUCCACAAAAACGACAAGUUAUGUCCAAAUUAUAA